GGCGCGCUGCUGCUCCACCACCGCCCCGAAAGACCAAGAGAGUUUUUGAUCCAAGCACUGGAAAGAAUAAAGCUUGCAAAACGAACUGGUGUGGAUUAUCCCUAUCUUAUGGACGAAUCAAAUUUAGAAGCUAUGUUUGAGAUGUUAGACACUGCAAGUCAAGGCUAUAUAACACUGGUGCAGUACAAAGAAGCUCUUAAAACCUUGGGGCUAAGUGCUCAAGAUGUGUCUUAUGAAGAUGGCACAAAUAUCACACUGGAAGUAUUCAAGGAAGAAGUGAAGAAAAAGAUGCUGGCGAGCUGGGUAGUAUAUUAGUAUCAACAGCUAUCAGAAAUAUUUCCCUAAAGUCUCAUUCUUAUGUUUUAUGGCCUUUACGACAUAGAUAAUUUCUCUCAUCCAAAAUACAUUCUUGGGCUAAUAGAGUAGCAUCAGUACAGUACACAAGAGGGUUUUUGGGCCAGCUUUAACAGUGGAGUCACUAAGACAAAUUUAUCCAUCCUCACCGUACAGCUGAAAGCCAGCUUUUGAAGGCUCCUUUAGUUUGAGCGAUAUUGUCAAAAUAGGUAGUGUAUAAAAACAUUUUUCCCAAUAAAGCUGUUGUUCUGAAGCCUCAAUGAUAACCAACUCCUCUUUGACAAAGUACUGCCAAGUUACAAUUACUGGCUCACCAUAUAUAAUCCUGCUCCUAUACAGAAAUUUUUGCAGCAUGCAACAGCAGCAGUUAUAUAGCAACAAAUAAUAUUCAGUUUUUAAAAUGUCAAAUUUCUUUCAAACCUCUUGUGUAGAAACAAAAGCUGGUUUAACAUAAGGAAGAUGCCCCCAUUUGAACUUAAGCAAUUUCAAAUAAAAAAAUUAUUAACAAUU